CCGCCGACGGCGCCUCCGGGGCGCGGGAGGCGGAGACUGGGCAGCCGACGUAGGCGACGAUCAAAGAUGAGGAACUGGGCGGAGCUGCCCCUGGACGUGAUGCUCUACGUCCUCCACAAGCUGGACCACGUGGAGCUCAUGUUCGGCGGCGCGGCCAGGGUGUGCCGCUCCUGGCACGACGCCGUGUGCGAACCCGAGCUGUGGCGCCGCGUCGACAUGUGCGGCCGCUCCCGGCGCUUCCGGGAGACGGUCAGCCUCAACAAGGUGACGCAGCUCUCCAUUUGGUUCAGCGCCGGACAGUGCCGGGAAUUCUUCGGCCAGCAGGACCUCGACAACGACCUCCUCCUCUUCCUGGCCGACCGGUGAGAUUCCUUCCCGUUCGUGAUUCCCAAACUCGCACCUGUACUUCUUGGGAAUCUGGUUAUUUCGUUGUCCGUUCUUCCUUGAUUUGGUACAAAAUGUAUUCUGAGAUUACUGCUACUAGUAAGUUGUACGUGCGAGCUUGGAUAAUCCAAUUACAACCAAU